AGUCUGAGCUCUUGAUCCUAUCUAGCUGCCCUUUUCCAGGACCCUGGCAGAUCUUUUCUCUGUGACCAUCUCUGUUUUUUGAAAAUCGCAGCAUAGUGUGUGGGACGGUUUGAAGAGAAAAACAUGAAGUGUUGUUUUCAACCAGCACAAUUCUUGUUUUGGUGGCUUGGCUGUUGGUAAGUACUAUGGUAAAUUACAGAGAGAGUGAUAGUAUAACAGUAGUGAUAACUGCAAAAAUAGAUCUGUGUUCCAAAUGGCCUUCUGUUGUUAAAAGUUGUAUUUUAAGAAAUAUGUCUUGCUGAUGCUUUUUUCCCUGGUGACGCUUAGUUUCCAGGCAGUAUUUAUGAAAAGCUACUGUGCAUUUCUACGUUUUAUUUUCUGUGUCUACGCUGUUCAUUAGUUCCUGUGAUUUUUUAUUUGUUUGUUUUUCUGUUUCUUCAUACCACAGUUUCUGUUGCCGACCCCUUACUUUUUCAAAUGCACCUGGAGAGUACAAGUGUGGUGUCUCUUGACACAGUGUGUGUGGAGGGAAGGGGCACAAAACAUAAAUGUGCUGGAUCCUGCAGGAAGGGAAUGGGGCAGUUGGUGGAGGCAAAAAUUCCUUCUAUUCCCAUAAUUAAUACUGCUCAAGGCUCUGGACUAGAUUAAAAAGGGUGAGUAAGCAGAAUCCCUGCCAGGGAAGCUGAGCUAUCUGGGAUUGUCAAGGAGAGGUCUGAAGGAAUGUCGUGAGGAAUUAAACCCAGAGCCACAUGGAGCCUUCCGUCUUUACUUACUUUGCUUGUCCUCCUAUGCAUUUAUAAGCAUGCUUGAUUCAUAGAAGACCCUCUUGAAUGACAAAAGCAUCAGUGUAUUUGGAGAAAUCGACACCUUAAGCCAGCUGAAUAAGUGUGCAGCUAUCUCAGCUAUCUGAACGUGCUUGGUGUUUUCGGUUUUGGUGUUUUUUGGUGUUUUUUUUUUUUGUGUUCUCAAAACAGGGCAGAGAAAAUACUAAUUAAAGUUUCAUUUUGUUCGUAUUGGUAAAGUUGGUUCCCGUUCAGGUUAGGAGGGUGGCAAAAUCAACUUUGAGGUUAUUCUUACAAAUUAAUUUUUAAUUGUAGUACUUAAAGCAUUUAUAUUGUAGUAUGCGCACAAUACGGCUGAUCCACUUUGUUUUUCUACAUAUUAAAGUGAGAAUUAUGGAAUUUAAAGCUUUAUAUUAUGGAUGUGUCAUUUACUUAUGAAACUUGCAAUAAAAAGAUAAUACACCCUUCACUUACUUGCCAAAAAUUAAGUUGUAGCUCAAACUUGAAAUGCCUGGUGUCACUCCUACUACCUAAAUAGCACUCCUUUCAUUUUUUUAGGAGCUUGUGAUGUCAUCAGCUGAAGCGAAAACAUCUACCUCAUGACCUGGCAUGAUGCGUCAGGAUGAAACGCCACAGGCAUCUAAGCACCAGUGACAGUUCAGACAAUGAGAGUCCUUCCACUUCCUUUUCCUCUUGUUCUAAAUACAGGAGCAAGUCAAAAACACCAGCAAAUGAACAAAAGAAGCCUGCUGAGGUGUUCCGCAAGGAUCUCAUUAGUGCCAUGAAACUACCAGAUUCUCACCAUGUCAACCCUGAUGAAUACUAUGUCUUUGCGGACACGUGGAAACAAGAAUGGGAGAAAGGGGUUCAAGUUCCAGCCAGUCCCGAAACUAUUCCACAGCCUUCUCUCAGGGUUGUAGCAGAAAAAGUGAAAGAAGUACUGUAUACACGACCGAGGAAAUACAUCCACUGUUCCAGCCAAGAGCCCACAGAACCAGGUUACAUCAACAUUUUGGAAUUAGCAGAGUCUGUGUGCCGCUAUGACUUGGAUGACAUGGACAUCUUUUGGCUUCAGGAGCUAAAUGAAGAGCUUACAGAAAUGGGAUGUGGGCCCCUGGAUGAAAACACAAUGGAAAAGACAAUUGAAGUGCUGGAACGGCACUGUCAUGAGAAUAUGAAUCAUGCCAUUGAGACUGAAGAGGGGUUGGGUAUCGAAUAUGAUGAAGAUGUCAUCUGUGAUGUGUGCCGGUCCCCCGACAGUGAAGAUGGGAAUGACAUGGUGUUUUGUGACAAGUGUAAUAUUUGUGUCCAUCAGGCGUGCUAUGGAAUCUUAAAAGUACCCGAAGGGAGCUGGCUGUGUCGCACCUGUGUCCUGGGAAUACAUCCUCAGUGCCUCCUGUGUCCCAAAAGAGGAGGUGCCAUGAAAGCUACCAGGACAGGGACCAAGUGGGCACACGUGAGCUGUGCUCUUUGGAUUCCAGAGGUUAGUAUUGCUUGCCCAGAAAGGAUGGAGCCAAUCACAAAGGUGUCUCACAUUCCACCAAGUCGAUGGGCUCUAGUGUGUAGUUUAUGCAAACUGAAAACUGGUGCUUGCAUUCAGUGUUCUGUGAAAAGCUGCAUCACUGCCUUUCAUGUCACCUGUGCCUUUGAGCAUAGCUUAGAAAUGAAGACUAUCCUGGAUGAUGGGGAUGAGGUCAAGUUCAAGUCAUACUGUCUAAAGCACAGCAAGAACAAACAGAAUUCGUUGCCUGAUGUUGAGGAGCACCCCAAGACCGUGUCAGAGCAGAAGCAAACAGAGAGUGAGAAAACGAGUUUACGAGCCCAAAAACUCAGAGAGCUGGAAGAAGAGUUUUACUCACUAGUUAAAGUGGAGGAUGUUGCAGCAGAGCUGGGCCUUCCUAAACUUGCUGUAGACUUCAUCUACAAUUACUGGAAAUUAAAGCGAAAAAGUAACUUUAACAAACCAUUGUUUCCUCCCAAGGAGGAUGAAGAAAAUGGCUUGGUGCAGCCAAAAGAAGAUAGCAUUCAUACCCGCAUGAGGAUGUUCAUGCAUUUGAGGCAGGACCUAGAGAGGGUAAGAAAUCUCUGCUACAUGGUAAGCAGGAGAGAGAAACUGAAGUUGUCCCACAGUAAAGUACAUGAACAGGUCUUCAAUUUGCAAGUCCAACUCAUUAAUCAGGAAAUCGCUGCAGGCCAUACCCUGACAAGUGCACUAGAGAACACACUGUUCUACCCACCUCCCAGGAUCACCCUAAAGUUAAAAAUGCCCAAAUCAGCACUAGGAGACUGCAAAAAUAACUCGCUGAAGCCUGGCAACAGACCGCUUUCUCCUGACAACAACAGCACUGUUUACAGCAAACGGAGCGUGCCGAUGUCAAAGGAAUCAUUUGAAAUUAAAGCAAAAUCCUACACCAGGUAUCAGCACGACAGCAGAAGUAAUGGGUUGCUGGCAGGGAUUGGCAAGCCUCGGAGCGAGGCAAAGGAUUGUGGCCCCACGCAGAUGAUGGAGUUUCAUCGGGGUCAGCCGUCCGGGAAGCCUUUAGCGCUCCAGGCUGCCUUGCAUGGACAGUCUUCCAUUGGGAAUGGGCGGGUGCAGCAGGAGAACUCAAGGCUGAUGGCCAAGUCCAACGGUCUGAUGGGCAGGGCUGGAGACGUGAGCCAGAGAGACAGCUCCAGCCAGACACCCUACGAACAAGAGUCCAUGCUCACAGCUCACUUGGCCAGCCAGAGCGGUUUCAGAAAAUCCACCAUAGAACAUUUUAGCCGGUCCUUUAAAGAGGCUACCAAUAGUCUAGUGAGGACCACGGAAGAUCUCCGGUGCUGUGAAAAGCCAACAAGAAGACUUGCAACAAAAGAUCGCUUGUGGAGCAAGCAGACGCUUGAAGGUGCUCCAUACCAGGACAAUGAUGGGUACUGUCCUGACUUAGAGCUGAGUGACUCUGAAGCAGAAAGUGAUGAAAACAAAGAGCAAGUGAGGUUAAGACGAAGUAGCUCAGAGAGAGAAAGCCCAAGUAAGGACUUCGGAAGAGAUUGUCACAAUAGAAACAAAAAGAAUAUGAUUUCUCACAGUUCGGUACAAAGGUGAUUAGAAGCCCCCACGGGGUAAUUCAGCCUUUAUGUAGUCCAGUGUACCAGUGCAAAGCUCGUUAUCAAAGGGUUCCAGAAAAUAUUCUAGGACCUAUGUUAAGAAGAGCUGCAGUAGGGAAUGGGGGGGAGGGGAGAGAAAUCAGAGUAGUUCUGUUCAACUGUGAAUUGGUUUGCAGUCUUCGCAAGGUUAGCUCAGUUGUCCACGAAGCCAUGUGGAAAUCACGUGUUUUACUAGAGGGUAACAUCUGGGAGAGCACGAAGCGGUUAAUCUUUGCAUAAAUUCAGGAACCCGCUUCCCCUUGCCAGCUUAUGUGUGAGGCAGCGUGUUCAUGUGAAGUCAGUCUUGUGAUGGUGGACAGAUUUUAAAGAAGUCCUUGCCUUGCUCUAAUUUGUUGCAAGAGACUGCAAACGGACACACUGACACUGCAUCCUUACAGCACCUGCAGCAUGGCUUUGAUCCAGCAAUGCACUUGCGGAUGUGUUAGGAGGUUAAGCAUGUGAAAAGUCCUGCUGGUUUCCCCGGGAACGGUUGUGCUCAGAUCUCCGAGCACAUGCCGGUGUGCUCUGCUGGAUCAGGCCCUAAGUGACUACUAAGUGAGGAUCCCCUUCUGCAGGAGGCUUUGAACUGCAGUGGCAUUUGCAGGCUCCUUGCGGAGGGUGGAAGCAGGCGUCGCUGGCGCUGCCAAACUUGCUGACCUCUAGACAUGCCCCUGUUCCCUGCUUUUGCUGAAGGUUUUGUUUCUCUUCACAAUAACGCGCUUAUUUUGUAAAUAUAAAACUUCUAGUAUUUCAGUUUUUUUAAUCUCUGUACAUAGUUGCUUGUUGUGGGAUGCACUUGUAAAUAUUUUACCCAGCUAACAAGUACAGAUGGCUAAUUUUGUGGAUAGUGUUUACAAAAGUAGGUGUACUACUUCAAAGAAAAAUGCUAUUUGACACUUACAUUUAGGCAAUCACCGGUGAUGCCAGGUUCCUCUUGAAACUGAGAUUUCUUAUCCAGAGGUGUUUUUACCUGGUAUUUUUAAAGUCGGCAGAAUUUGAAAUAAUUUUUGCUGAAUUUUUUUUGCAGGUGCAAAUUUUCAACCCUAGUUGCCUGAACACAGGCAUAGGAGCCUUCUGGCAUCUAGGUCUGUAAAAUUUUAGCCAAUCAUCAUUUGAAAUAUGGGUUUUUUAAUUGCUGAAAAUCUACUAUUUUAUUAAGCUGCUUUUCAACCUCUGGAUCAGUUGCUGUUUCCCAGUCUAACACAUUUUUGGUGUGCCCUUUAAAAUCAGCAAUUGUCAAAUAGUGACUAAAUUUCAGCCAGUAUUGAGGAAGUGAGAAGGGAAGGGAAUCCCUUUCUGUUUGUUUCAAUGACAGGGGGAUUUUUGUUUAAAUGCAAACUUAACUUCUUGUUUUCCAGAUGAUGUUGUGUUGAUCAACAAAGUAACUGCACUGUUUUUCUCUGAAAUGCUGUACAUUUCAUAAAUACGCAACAUCUUCUGUCCCCACAUCACUGGCUGAAAUGGCCCAUAGGUUGUAUAGGGCGUGUCAUGCAGCUCCUUUCUGUUGAGGGUUCAAUUUUGUCUGGAAACAAAAGGUGUUCCCCACCCAGUGUGAAGAUGACUAUGCAGAAUCCAAACAGCAAAUUGUUUUUCUUCAUGGUUUUAAUUUAUUGCUUUUAGCUUGGGAAAUGGCAACGACAUUUUCAGAUUUGUUUUAAACUUUGAAAUCUCCCUAGUUGCAAUAGGACUAGCAGGUCAGGGGCUGGAGGACUCUUCAGUAGUGAGAUAAUUAAAAAAAAGUAUACUUGGCAAACUUGCUCUGUUUGCUUCAUGCAUCUUAAUUUUUUUUUUUACUUUUUGAUUUUAUGUAUAUUUGUGUAAUUGAUCUUUCUAGAGCUGUAUCUUCAAAAUUAUUUCUUUUGGUGUAAAUAUGCAGUAGCAUUUUAGGUUUCCACAUAUUUUAUUUUAAUGGGAAAUGCUUUGUGUUCUAAGCCAUGGGUCAUUCAGAAAAAGUAAACAAAUAUCUAUUAAUUUGUAUUCUGGUUCUGAUUCUCUUAGUUCUCCUUCAAUAUUUAUUAGUAAUCCUCUCUCACUGGUCUUGAAAUUUUACGAAGCUUUUAUUGGGAACACUUAUUGGGAGGUCAGCAAAGUGUUCAUAUUAUUUUGUGGCUGGAAUCAUAUGACAGAAGAGAGGGAAAAUGGUGCUUUAGCAAAACUCAGCGUUUCUGCUCUUCUGGGGUUAUCAAUUCAGUUGUUUCCAGUCUGGGCAAUGGUUUUGCUAAUUUUUACAUGAUCUUAAUAAACAUAUGAAGGAGCCCUUGGUUAUGUAGUUCUCAAGUAUUGUCCCCAAAGUGCAUUUGCUAGUUUUUAUUGUGCGUUCGGUGGCUAACUGUUUGAAGUAUUACCUCUUAACCUUAUUUGUCAAUUUUUUUUGUGUUUUUGCAUUUUGUUUUAUAUAUAUAAAUAUAUAUAUAUUCAAUUUUCCAAGAUGGACUCGGUCUUUUUCAGAUGUCCCCUUUUUACAAGUACUUUUUCAUUAAAUUAUGAAACUGCUAACAAUAUUUUCAUUUGUUGUGAUUUAUUCAGGGCUUUUCCCUCUAUGUCUGGCAGGCUGUGAAACUCAUCAGUACUGUGUCCAUCAGGAGUAAAUUAUUUCUGCAGAUCUGGCAAUGCUUUAACAAGUUAAGUAUCCAGGAAAACCCUUCCCCUUCAGCCUCCCAAAAAAGAGUCGCUGAGCAUUAAUUUGCUGUGUAUAGCAAAUAGUGCAAGCCUGGCUUUUGUUUCUGCCUAGCUGAGCAAAUGUAGCAGACUAUUUGCUGCCCUGGCCUCACUUUUCAAUGUAUUUGCUUAUGCUGUAGUAUGGCUGGUUUUCCCUGGCUGGACAAAGUGAGUUAUAGAGGAAGAGCCGUAGCCAGGCCUUCUGUCUGAUCCCUCUUCUUGUACACCCGCAGACAUGCAUAGCUAAACACAGCCCGCUAUUGCCCUGUGUGUGCAAAGGGCAAAUCAGUGCCAGCAAGUUCCCGGGUUGAUGUUUCAUGUCGGUUUUACAUGGACUUUUGCUGUAGUUCCCCCUGCUCCCACAGGCCGGUGCUGUGAUGUACCUUGCUGGCAGAGAGGAGCUGCUCCCUGUGCUAGAGCAGGGAAGAAGGCAAGGGGAAGAGGAAGGUGGAGAGAAAGGAGUGGGUGUAGCUGCACAACUGAUCCCAUAGCAUCCCUCGUGCUCUGACCGGCUCUGCAACCGGCAGCAUCCAAAAGAGAGAUGGGGAAUUGGCAAUCGGGGUGUUGCAGGCAGCAGUGACCCUCCCUGCCAGCAAUGGGUCUGGCAGCGGCAGAGUGAGUGGGAGGCUGAGCAGCCAACGUGCUUGUGGCCUGGUGUACGGGCAGGAGUGACUGAGCAGGUGCCCCAGGCGGGCUGGGACUGGAGCUGGAAAUAGGCUGGGUGAAAUGGAGCUCAAGUCCAUCAGCUGAAAAGCAAACAGGAGGCAAAAAAAGGGGGAAAAGGGGGUAAAGAUUCAGACAGAAGAGAAGAAAAAUCAGCACUAGGAAGAAGCAGUAAGUGUUGGACUGUCAGCUGUUUUUCAGGACCAGGAUUUCUUCUUCCCUGAAGGCAAUCUUGCAACAGAUUCCAGCAACAGACUUCCUUUUUUGACUUUCUGAUUGGCAGCUUCUAAUUUCCUAUGCAAACACAGUCUGCUUGUGGUUGGGAAGUGGGAAAGACAAGAGCCAAGGAAGGAAAUUGGUAUACCCAUUAUUUUGGAAACAGUCGCUGUUGGUUUGUAGAGUCUUUUCAAAUAAAUGUGGUUCCUGGGUGAUGGAAACUUGGGCCAAGCACUAACAGGGGCAGUGUGGUGAUUCCCAGCACUGUCAUUCCUGCAUUUGUGUUUCUGUCCUAAGAGAAAUGUUUCUCAGUUAGAAUUUGCAUAUGUAAUUUGUAGAAUGUUUUCUUUGCACCGUGAAUUCCAAACCACGGAAGGAGAAAUUACAAACGUUUGGAUAUUAAAUGUAAGCCUGAAACAUUCACUUGAUUUUGAAGUGGCACUGCUGAUGACUAGGCCUGGAUGUACAGGCUGUGCUGCAGACGCAUGAUGUGUGUCUGAUACUGGGAGGGACCGAGUGUUACCAAGUGUUCAAAGCCUGCCUCUGUGAGCUGCAAAGAUAAUCCAGCGAAACCACUCGUUUUGAUCGUUGGGAAUUUUGAUGAUCCCAGUGCUUGUAAAGGUUUAGCACUGCAGGGAAUUGACACAUCUAGUAGGAAAACAUGCUUUUGAUGCGAAUUAAGGAACAAAAGGAAGCUGCUUGCACAACCUGGGAGCUUGGCAUGCGAGGGAAAAACACCGGGGAAGGGCAGAGAUGGAAAACAAUGGAGUGCCUCAAUGCGGCUUCUUUAGGAAGAAGUGAAGACUCACAGAAUUCUGGGUUCUGGUUUUGUGACAGAUGCUGCGCUACUGCUGCUUCUGAACCUUGUGCCUGCUUCAGAGCUCAACAGGCUAUUGCCCCUCCUGGGGUGCAGUUCUGCAACAUAUCCCUCUUGCAGAGUUGAUCCUGGGAUAACUGCUGCUAGGCUCUGCUCCUGACCAAGUCAGCACAUCCGUAGGGAUGUGACAGAAGUGGAUUAAAGUGACUGCAAGCACAGCUUUCUGAAAGAAAAUGUUACAUAGCAGUGGGGGUGCUGCCCCACCUGCUCUCACCCCAGCCAGGGAAGAGCGCUGGGCAAGGCAGGACACAUUAGUGUGGACAAAUUAGUGUGCUGAGGAAAGAUUUAAAACCUAGCACAGCAACAACAUUAAGGAAGGUGCUGUCAGAAAAUCUCCUGGUCAUCUGAAAGGUCUUGAGCCUGUGACACAGACAUCAAGAUAUCACAGAAUGGUUUGAAUUGGAAAAGACCUUAAGGCUCAUCCUGUUUCAAUCCCCCUACACCUUCCACUAGACCAGGUUGCUCAAAGCUGCAUCCAAUUUCAUCGUGAACACUUCUGGGGAUGGGACAGCCACAACUUCUUUGGGCAACCAGUUCCAGUGUCUCGCCAUCCUCAAGAUAUGCCACUCUUUAUUUUCUGUGUUCUCAGCAACUGCAAGGAGUCCACUGGAGUAGUACCUAUAAAAACAAAAGGUGUUAUAUGCCAUUUGGGAAAAUGGCUCUGGUUAUACCUUUGGAAGUGCAGGCUCUAGUGAGGGAUUGAGUCAUCAGAGGGGGAAAAACAUCCCUAAACUAGCCCACCCACUUCAUCUGAAGCCACGGUGUCUGGUUGCAUUCCUUUGUAGUUCCAUCUCCCUUAUCUCAGAAGGGAGGGCGGUGCUGAGUAGUUUGGGAAUCCCUGUCACUGGCAUUUUAGGCUCCAUUUGCAUCUGGUUGAAUAAAGCCUGGCCAAGGUAUUUUCCUUCCUUAGAACUGAUGGCUCAGCUAUUGUUCUGUUGUCUCCUCUAAAAUGGAUUAGGGGCACUGUCUUAUUCUUUUCCUGAUUAUUCCUUCUAGAACAAGCCAGACAUCUCUCCUGGCUUAAAGAAGCACAGAGGCCUAAAAGCUGAUGAGCCAGGUGAUUUUAAGAUACUAAGAAGCAAGUUGUAGUUUACACUCGUUACAAAUGGCUAAUACAUAAACCAGACUUUCCUCAAAUUGUCUGUUUGUAUGUGCUAAAUUAAGCUCUGAACAGUCACCCUAAACCUGCAGUUAAUUUGAUUAUUUUUGAUUUGGACUAGGACAACUUGCAUGCCUGUAAGCCACAAACACUGAAAGCACUGUUGCUAAAUCAGCUACCUGAAUGAAAGAUGCUGCCUUCCCUGAAGUCCUGGCUCUCUUGCAUGGCCUCUGUUGUGACUGUGAUUCUGCAGCUGCUGUAGCACAAAUCAAUGCUCUUUUUUUUUUUUUUUUUUUUAACCUGAGGCAAGCAAAAUGCAAAUCCAGGUCAUGUGGGGUAUAGAAUGCAGAAAAGUAAGGCAUUAAUGAAAAAAUAUCUUGGCUGUGUUCCACUGAAGAGUAGCGUUCUGAAGCGCCCUGUUGCCCGACUGCUCCUGGUGCAGAGCAAAGUCCUGCACAGGCACGGACUGGGAACUCUGAGCUUUGUGAGGCAGCUUCAGGUGGCAGGAUCUGGCACUUGUGGGUGCUUCUGUGACAAAAGAAGCUGGAGGUGCAUGUGUGACAGUGUGAGGGUGUUCAUGAGAGACUUGAGAGACUGGCUGCGUUGGAAGGAGUCGUGAUGUUUGCUCAUAACAUUACAUUCUCAAGUAAGAGAUGUUUUUUCAUGAGCUUCCAGCCAGUACAUAAGUUAUGCUGAAAGAAUUUGCAUAAUAAAUUGUGAUAAGUAGAGGGUACCGUUGCUGGUUCUGUGAGAGAAACUGGACUUUAAAGGCUAAAUACUUCAAUAUGACUUCAUGGUAAUUUGGUGCAAUCUUUCUUAAGAUUCCCUGUUUGAGAUUCUGAAUCCAUUCUGCAUUAACUUGUGUGACAGCGGUGUUAGACACAUAAAUUAGUCAAUGGCACAAGUUUGCUGCUGCCACCUUCUCCCAAGGAGACAUUUGCAAACAGGAAAAGGGAGUACUUUGGCAAAUGUUUGGACUGUUAUGAGUGUUCACACAAUUGUGAUCAUCCAGACUAGUAAACAGUUGAGACUUCUCAGCAUUUUGAUUUCUCCUGGACCUACUUAUUGCUUACUAACAAAUAAAAACUUGAUCUGGACAUGCAAGUCAAUUCCAAGAACUAUACUUGGCAGCAAACAAGUGCAUGGCAGUGCUAACUCUUGCGUUCCAGCCAACUGAUUGCAGUGACUGAUUUUGUAUUUCUGCCUCUGCUCUUGCUUGGUGUUUUUUGGUUUGGUUUGUCUGUCCAUCUGUUCUCCUCCUCUUACCCCCCCCCAAAAUGCCGUAUCAUCUGCUAGUGGUGAAUUCUCAUGUGCCCAAAUGGAUUUAACAGCAGGAUUUAACAGGCUUACAUUGAGGUAGUGGCUCUUUGGGCUCCACUGGCCUCGGCUGCACAGUCCCUGCUCUCGGCUGCACCUUGUCCGUCUGAAGAGAAGGGCUGACAGACUCCCUGUUCAGAGGCAGCUGUUAAGAUACAGACAUCUGAUAUGUGACAUUUGCACUUCGUACUAGGCCUAAGCCCUCUCACCUUCCAGCAGCGAGGAGAGGACUAACAGUAUUAAAACAAAAAGACUGAAGGUGACAGAAGAAAGAAUACUCUAAAGAUGAAGAAACGGCAGGAUCAAGCUCAUAAAAGGAGAGAAGAACAACUGUGACUUUUCAGGAAUGACCAUAUGCACAAAACAAUCUCUUUAUAGCCCCUGAAAUAAUCCACCACCUCUUUUCGUCUACAGUCCUUAAGGGUGGGGGGAUUUUUCCAGCUCUGUGGCACACUGGGCUGUUCUCCAGAACUGCUGAGCAUUUCCUGACUGGCAAGAAGGGUGAUGGCUUCUGGCAGGCUCAGGGAACCUGUAGGCUGGGGGAGGGUUGUGACUUCACCUUACAGGGCCUCCUGCAUCACAGAUCUACUCUUUCUGUUCUUCGUGGUUGUUAAUGUUAAGAUCCCACUUCCCUGCUCCCUGCAAAGCAGGAGGAGCAAGUAUAUGAUGUGCCCUACCUCGUGGGAUAAAUGCUGACCUACCAACCACUUCCUUUGGAAGCCACGGAGGUACUGUGUGUACUCCCUAUCAGUCAGAUUUGGAAGCUGCAGAGUAGACACUGUGACUACAAUGAAACAGUGGGAAGUUCCCAGUGGGGAAGGCUCAAGGAAGCACAGCCUUUGGCACCAUCUCUUCUGUGCUCGUCUUUCCCACAGUGAACUUGUACUGGCAGAAGACCUCAGCUGUUGCUUUCUGUGAAGGCACCCCCCUCCAUGGAUUCCUCCCUGCUCCUACCUUUCAGCAAGCCUGGAUUAGCCAUUACAGAGAAGACAAAACAGGAGUACUGUCCUGUGUAACUAGAGAUCCAAGCUCAAAAUGUGUGGCACAGUUUGUGUUGUAGCCUGGUGCUCGCUGAAGCUGUUAAUUUUCUCCCCAGGUGUGUGCCAACACACAGCUUGUUUUGAUGCCUCCAAACCAUGCUGGCAAAUGCCUAAGUAAGUCAGCAAGGAGCAGAGAGACUGGUGAGGUGGGUUGAGGGUGUGAGUAUCUCCUGCUGCUAUCAGAUUCAGUAAGCUGUUGCAUUGUUCAAGUAUCCCAAACGACCUCAUACAGUGCAAGAAUGAUGGGAGAGCAGCAAACGUGGCUAAGCUUCAUAAGAAUCGAUAAUUGUGCUUCAUUGUACUUAAUGAAUUCUUUGCAUACAUUUUUUUAAACCUCUGGAUCUUCUUUCCUAGUUGUAAAUAUGUAUGAAAGAAGGACGGAUGUGACAUUUGUUUCUCGGAUGUUUUUCUGUGUUGGCAGUUGCUGAUAAUUUGCUUGCCUCAGAUUUGAGAUGAAAUCCUUCUGUCAGUAGAGACAGCAACAGAGACAGAAAGAGAAAAUUCAGUGCUGAGCACUGAAGUAAUGCCAUGCAAGCCUGUAAAAUAGAAGCCUAGCUGCUCAGGUAAGGUGACAAUAAGUUAAUGAAUAUCACAGUAGUUGUCCCUUGAGAGAAGCCUACGGUCAGGUCAUGUAGGCCGUGAACUUUCCAAAUAUACCACUAAAAGAAAAAAAGUGUGACCAAGUGAAGCCUGGGCUGUGAGCACCUGCUUUAUGAAUAAAGGCAACUGAGUAAAAAUCUUUGACAGGAGAUAAUUGCCAAGAGGAGGGUGUAUGUUAAGGAACAGAUAAAAUCUGUAACAGGAGUUGUGCAGGCGGCUUAUCUGCUAAAAGACCAGGGUGGGUGCUAUGCAAUCGCUCCUGAGCAGUGCCCCUCAAAUAAUGGGGCUGCUACACGUGCCAGCUCGAUACAAGAAUCUGGAUGGGGGAGAAGCGACUUUUGGAGCAGCCACGUCGAUUCUCGUUUGCAGGGACAGUGGUGAGCCAGCCUGUGCCUGCCUGGUGCACCCUGAGUUGCCAGGAGGAGACACACAAGACAUGGAGCAGUGAGACUGAAGUCACUUGACAUCACUGAUCCCUGCAGUGAUGACCGAAUCCAAGUCAAAAGGCAGUGUGUCAUGGAGUGCUGAAGAGAAGAGCUGGGAUUGCUUUAUGAUUUGAGGCCUGGGAGCUGGAGUGGUCAUAGCACAGAGAUAAGCAGGUGCAACAGAGAACUGCAUCUGGAAAUUUUGAUUCCAGCUGUUUGCCUUGUGCCCUUGGAAGUCGUUGGGGCUUAAGAACACAGGGAGUAAAAGAAGGCAUGGCACAAAGCAGGCCCAGGAUUUCUGGAUAACCAGGGAAAUGCUGCAAGAGCUGUGGAGAAAGAUCCCUAGUGCUGGAAGUUGCGGCCAAGGCCAAAGCACAGCAAGAAGGCAGACAGAAACCAGGCCUUUUGGGAAUCAGCCUCUCGGGGAGCCAAGAAACUUUUCCCACCGCCAUGAGAAACCUCUUCUCCCUAUUUUUCCUCCCUGCAGCUCUUGGAGAGGGGGGAGCCGAGCCGCUGCUGCUGCUCAGGCAGCCGCCGCUCCCGGCUCCCCGCGCUGGCUUUCCAGCAC